AUGACCAAGUCCAAGUCUGUCAAGCGGGGCGCUACCUCCGCAAGCUCGACCGAAGAGAGGGACAGGAGCUGCCAGCAAACAUACGGUAUCUGGCUCCAUAAGUUCAUGGUCACAAGAUUGCCUAGGUUCAUCGCAGCGGUAGGGUUCCGAAAAAUAGUGGCAACCGUCGGAAUAUCCCAGUUGAGACUUGAUAAGUUUGGGAAGUCCCCGUCAGACAGCAUGCAGUCUUGCUACGGAGCCAGAGGUUUUGGGUGCAGAAGCCUCUCCCGGAUGACGAUCCAGUCAUUGGAUGGUAAUCAAGAAAAGCGAAACAGUCGGAAGGACGCUAAGAGACGUGAGGGUGGGGAUGACGUCCCGAAGGGCCAAAUUGGAACGGUAUGUGUGGGUCGGAAGAUGGCAGCAACACUCAAAUCAGCAGAAGGUGACGGGGGAAGGGGCGGCAAUAUAGAGAGAUGCCCGAAUCAUCCGAGAGCCGAGGCCAUCGGACCUACUGCUGGCCGUGUACAGCUCGGCAUACACGAUCAAAGCGCUCAUAUAAUUCUAGUGAGAGAAGAAUCAUUAGCAAACAGGGAGGUGACCAGGAAGCCGCGUCCGCGGCCGGAUACCAUUCAGUGCAUCGGCAUACGCUUAACACAAGGGAUGUCCAGAGUAAAGCGGCAAGCUCCCGUAGGCCAACGCCGAUCGGGAAAGAUCGCAAUGGGUAUUGUCCUGCGAGUAGCUUGCAUACUCUGUACGCGGGAACAGCGCGGCUCAAUAGUCGCGGGACGGAAUGAUUCCGGCUACUAUGGCCGGAAGGAUGGGCGUGUAUUGAUCCUCGGGAAAGCAACUCACCCAGAGCGUAGCGCCUGUCCAAUGAAGUGUGGGUACACGGUCUCGAAACGGACGUAUAACUGGAGAGACAUCCCACGGGUCAGAAUCGCUGCGUAUCGGCGGGUCGCAUUGCAAAGACCCAUCCAAUUUUACCGGGAGCUCAACAGACCACGUUACUUCAUGGGAAACUGUGGCAAGCACGACCAUGUGUACCACUAUGUCAUGAUUGCGAGUUUCGACGGCGUACCUGGAUGA